CUCCCCGUGAUUCCGACGACGACGAGCAAGCAACCCGCGAGGAAAGAGCCACCGGCACCGCUCGCUAUCGGGACGUUCGUCAUCCAAUCCACCCCCCAGAACGACGAGGCACGACGCAACCAUGAGCACCAGAGGAUGGGUCAUGACGCCGCAGGAACAGGCGGCGGCUCUGGCGGAAGCCAAGGGCCGCGGGCUUCCCGAUGGUUGGAGGGUCGAACUCGACGUAAGUCGUUGGCAUGGGCACUUGCAUGGGCACUUGCAUGGGCACUUGCAUUUGCAUUUGCAUUGACACCAACAUUUUGUUUUUCGUGGAUCGACGCCGUCGCUGACUUUGUUUAUGCCGUUUGUUCCGAACGCCCGCGAUUGCCUUUUUUUCGGUUCGCGUUUUCAAUGCCGGACGAUUUUCACCCGCACCGAUGCCGAUGCCGAUGCCGAUGCCGAUGCCGAUGCCGAUCGAUCCCCGCCCGAAAGAAACGAAAACGCCGCAAAUGGAUCGCCCCCAACAACCGUUCCUGCGACAGCAUUCCCAAGGCCCUGGCGAUCUCGAUGGAACUGGGGAUGCUGCCACCCGGCACCGUCAUUACCAAGCCGCUGCCCAAGCGCAAGCGGGGAAGGCCGCCCAAGGGCAGCAAAUCGCAAACCCCAAAAAAGCGAGGCCGCAAACCGAAACCAAAGCCCAAAAUCUCGCUUGAUCUGACGCAGCCGCUCGGGGCGGGAAACGACGACGACGAAAACGACGACGAACACGACAACGACAACGACGCCAACGAGUCCGACAGCGACGACGACGACGACACCGCGAAACCAGCGAGGAAAAAACAACAAAAGCCCAAGAAGCACAAGGGCGCGAGAAAUCCGUCGUCGGCCAAGCGAGCCCGUACCGACAGCAGGGGAUCAAUCAACAACACCGAGGACGAAGACAACAACGACGGAGAAAACGGAAACGAGAGCGACGAAGAAAAGGAACUCGAGACGGAGGCGCCGAACGAUCCGGAAGUGUCCCUGGAUUACGGGGCGUCCUACCUGACGACGGUCCACUGGGAUCCACAGAGCCCGCCCUGCAAAAAGAUCGGAUGGCGGAUCCGGAUCUCGGACGACAAGAACGGAGACUGGAAACUCGGCCGAAUCAUUCGAUACGACCCCUGCACCCACAAGCACAAGAUCAAAUACACCGACAAACCCAGGGCGGGAGACAAGGUCGACGAGCAGAACUGCAUCUGGCUCUACCUACGGAUGGAAGAGGGGGUGCAGGUCUCGACGCGGCUCGUGUGGGCACACGUCAAGGGGUACGCCUGGUGGCCGGCCAUGGUGAUGGAAUCGGACAUUCAGCCCGCCCGGGGUGGAUACACCAACGUCGAAUUUUUCGGAUCCGACGAGGUUGCCACCCUUCGCGACCACCCGGACUGCCUGCGGCCCUUCGAGAACGGGCAGAUCGACUCGGUCAUUCAGAAGAACAAAAAGAAACGAAACUCGAAUGCCAUCGCCCUGGCCAUGGAAGAGGAACAAACCAUUCAGAAGUGCCGCAACGACGCGGCGAUAUUCAUGGCCACAAAGGCGUGGGAGAUGUCCUACAAAAAAGGCGGGAACCAGCUGCUGGGAAGCCGGAUCCGAAUCUGGAGGGACGACGUCAAUUAUCCGUACGGGGAUACGGUCGCGGGUCGGGUCCGGCAGUACAGCGAAUCACUCAACAAAUGGCUCGUGUCCUACGAAAUGUCCGACAAGGUCAGGAAAAAAUACGACUCGUCGUGGGUCAACCUUCAAUCGAAAGAGCACAAGCUGCGGAUCCUGCAAAAGUCCAACCCGAACGACCUGUCCAGCCACGACAUCUUGCCCUUUGUGAAGGGCUUCAAGCACGUCGGCCCGAAAUCCGACGAUCCCGAAGAGGACAAGCACCAGCACAUCGAUUCCUUGCUGAGCAAGUGCUGUUCCGGUUGUUCGGAUCACUUUAAGAAGAACGAAACAAAAAUUACCUGCACGGUGUGCGACAGCUCGUACCACCUGGGCUGCUGCGAUCCGCCUCUCACGAAAGAAGCCUACCAGAAAUACAUCUACGGGGACGACAAAUCCUUUGUCUGCUCCAAGUGUGUCACCUGCGUUGGGUGCUACCAGAAGGAUCUCAGCUUUGGUUCCCACCGCAAGCCCGUGCCCAAGGCUCUGUCCUUUCCCGAGGGGAAAGACCUGAACCUGUGCUCGAUGUGCACGCACUACUACGAAGAGAAGCAGUUUUGCCCGAACUGCGCGCACUCCUGGGACGACGAGCGCUUCCAACAGGUACAGCGACAAAUCCGGUGGCAGCAGGAGCACCGCCCCAAAAAACGGGGCCGCAAGCGAAAGACGGAAAUGGAGGACCCGACGUCCGCACCCGAUUUUCACUCCUUUACCUCGCCGGCCACCAUCCCGAACGAGGAUCCCUUUCCGGAGGAUGCCACCGUGAAUCCGGCCUGGUACUAUCCGGAAACCUCCAAGUGGGGGUACACCGAGGUGGACAUGCUGACGUGCGACAGCUGUUCUCUCUGGGUCCACGCCGGUUGUGCCGGGCUGAGCGAGGAGGAAUACGACCUGACCUCGAACGGCGACCACCCCAUUUACAGCACCGAGUUUUUGUGCCGGGUCUGCUGCAGGGAGCGCUGCCUCGAAAUAAUAUACAGGCUGCAAAAAGAAGACAAGCUGCUGAUCUUUGCCGAUCCGGUCACGGACCAGGUCGCUCCCACCUACCUCGACGUCAUCAAACAACCCAUGGAUCUCCAAACAAUGCUGAUCAAGGCCGAACGAGACGAAUACAAGAACUAUGCCUGGGUACGAGAAUUGUUCGAACUGAUGGUUCUGAAUGCCCUGACCUUCAAUCGGUACCACACGGCCGUGUGGAUCGAGGCCAAGCGAUUCUACGAUGCGUGCAUAGAGGGGGUCUUUACCUCCAUGGGAAAGGCUGCCMCCCCGAGUGUGUACCACAAAGACAUCCUCAAGAAUUUCGAGGUAGCGAGAGAAGCGAAAAAAUCGGAGGAAGACCGCGUCCAGGAGGACAAAACGAUCGAGAAAAAGGACCUGGUUGCCGGAUCGAAGGUUGUCUCGGUGGAGCUGCCGGCACUUCGGGACAAGCCCCCCGAUCUUGCGUCGUGCCUGCCCUGCCACGUGGUGAAACACAAACCGAAAGACGCGUACUUUGCGGCGUGGCUGGAAUCCUGCUUCUUGUGCGGAAGCAGCGGUGCAUCCGAUACCAUGAUCUUUUGUGUGGACUGCGGAGAAGGCUUUCACUCGUUCUGUGUCAACGCCCCGAUCCACAGCAUGGAUGCCUCGUCGGUGGCCGCCUGGCGGUGCCCGAAUUGCAAGAUCUGCGAGAUCUCCGGAGAUUCGCCCGAAGACGAGACAAAAAUGCUGUUCUGUGAAAUGUGUGACCGCGGAUUCAACCUAGAUUUGUUGGACCCGCCCCUCUCGAAAGCUCCUUCCGGGAUCUGGAUCUGUGGGCAGUGCGUGGACUGCCGAAAGUGCCACAAUGCGCUCGAACCGAAGGGACCGAGCCGGAAGCACUGGUCGCGGGAUCCGCACCUCUGCUACCGGUGUGGGGGCUGCGACGGAUUGCCGGAGCUGGAGUCGCACGUAAAGGAACGAAAAUGCCCCGUCUGUACGGGCAUAUGGCGGGACGAAGACACCGACCUGGCCCAGUGCACGGACUGCAACAAGAAAGUACACGCGCGCUGCGAUCCGAAGGCAGAGGCCCACAUCCAGAAGCUGGGGGCCAAGAACGCUGGCGAGGCCGACGAAGGCGGAAAAGGUCCGAGUUACCACUGCCCCGGUUGCCGAAAGAGACAAACGGUCAACAAGGCGCACGGAAAAGUGACUCGUGACCACAUGGCCGAUUUCGCCGCCAAGAUCGUUGCGCAGGGGCUGGUGUUCGAUCCCGGAUCCAAUCCCAUGUCCAAGCGGGAACUCCAAGAAAAGCUGAUGGAACAAGUGGACUGGAAAACACGGAAUUUAUGGAGGGACGAAUAUCGGAAGGUUGUGCUGGAAGGGGUCCGUUUUAUGAACCUUGUUCGAGAGCAAUUCGGGGAUCCGCGAUAUCUGAUGGACCGCUUCUGGCAAGAGAACGAAGAUUUACCGGCAUGGAUGGGUCAGCGGGCAACUCGAUUUCUGCACAUUGCCAAUAAAUUGCAGUUUGAUUCCGUUGGGUUUUCGGCAAGAAGGAUCGAAAACUGCGUCAUGAUUUCAAAGCUUGCGGCAAGCUGGUUAAAAGUGGCCUGCAGCAUGAUGGGAUUGAAAACAAAGAAAAAGGUCAAGGGGUACGAAAGAGUGAACAAAUUGCUUGUGGCUCCUCACGCAUGCGGAUCGGUCGACCUGACGUUCGACUCGAUACGAUGCGAGAGAAAUCGAAACAUUAUCAACAAGGACGAUUGGAUAAAGAUACACGAACCCAAAAUCAAAGCGCGUGUCCAGGCCACCGUGUUUGAUGUUGUCGUCCCCGAGGAGAAGAAACAAUCCUCUGCACGAGUGGAAAGUGUUCGAAACGGUGCGGUUAAGUCGUACAAGCUUCCACAGCCGCUCUGUGGCUGGAACCACAUUCUAGGCGAUUCUGAUACGACACACAAAUGGAGUGAUCCAAGGGAGUGCUGUCUCUGUCAUCUUUGCGGCGACGAUGAUGCCGGCUUGGCCGACGACAUUCAAGAACGAACAACAGAUCGAUGCAAGCCAACAAUUGGUCGACUCGGUCGACUCUUGCCCAUGGGAGACUGGUUGUGGGUGCAUUCUGCUUGUGCUCUCUGGAGCUCCGAGACCUGGGAAUCUCCCGGUGGUAGGUUGAAUGCCUUGGAAAAGGCAAGGACUCGAGGUUCACAGCUUCGUUGUUUUGGGUGUGGUCGACCCGGAGCAACGGUUGGGUGCAUCAAGCAAAAUUGCAACUGCAAUUUCCAUUUUCCUUGCGCUGUUGCUUGUGGUGCGGUGUUUACGUCGUCGAAACAGGUGCUAUGUGCAGCMCAUAGAGACUGCGCCGAGGAUAUCGUAGAGAAUCCAAGCAGCGAACCGAUGGAAUCUCUCAUAGCUGCGCAGGAAAAAGGGAAGAUAGCAACCGACAAAGACACAGAUUCCAAUGACUCCUCUUUGUGUCCACGAUAUGGGGCUCUUCUUGUACAUUCGUUGGGGGAAAUCGAGCAGGAUCGUGACGGGUUUCAUACGAAAGAUUACAUCAUGCCUACUGGAUAUACAGCGACCCGCAUUUUCUGGUCCACCGUCAAAGCGAAGGAACGCACUGUGUAUGUUUUGAAGAUCGAGAAAUCUGCCAAAGGAAAUCCAAUUUUUAGCAUUACUCCCGGUGACGACCCACUGAACAAGAUAAAAGCACCAUCGGCAGCCGAAGCCUACAAUAUUGUGAUGGAACGAGUUGAAAGCACGAACUCUUCUGAAUUCUCUCACGAUGAUCUUUACUCGAAGCUACCAACUGAGCGUAGAAGUAACAAAAAGUAUUUUGGUUUGAAUGGUCCACAAUUCUUUGGGUUUGGAACGAAUGAAAUUCGAAAGCUGAUCGAAGCUCUCCCUGGGACAGAGGCAGUAGUGACAAAAUUGACGCCGUCAUCUCCUCAAUACCUCUUUUGCUUUAUGCAGCCUUCAGUUGAUAAUAUUAUGGACCUUCAACGUCGACGUGCGGCAUUGGCAGCUGAGAAGAAACUCGAGAAUGCAAG